AUGGAUUUUCUUAGGAUGUGGAAGCAGGGAGGAUCACAGCCAGAGGUGACACCUUCAUCAAGAGGACGGGAAUUCCAAACAAAUUAUGCUAAAGGGAGAGAAUAUGUAUUACAAGCAGUCAACAUAGAAGAAACUUUGAAAGAAGGAGCUCCUGAUUUCAUUCAAAAGGCGUUGAAUGCAAGGGAUCUGUACCAAAAAGGAAUUGAUCUUUUUAAGAAAGCGGAAAGAAUCAAUGUCAUGGAAGUGUCUGUAGAUCAACGGAAAGAAGUCUCAGACUCUAAGCGAAGAAUGGAAAAUUACCAGAAAAGUGCUGAGGAACGCUCCAUGACUUUAUUAAAUAAACUAAGCAGUCAAGCCACAAGUGCUCAGUUGAAACAAAUGGGAGCACAAUCUCGAGCAGCCGCUGGUAGUUCCAACUCUCGUAACUUGUCUUCUGGAAAUAGAUCAGCUAUGGUAGUUCAGACUAUGAAUGCCAAUGCUGCGCGUUUGAAUCAAGAGCGGUCGAGGCAAGCGCUUCUGAAGGGUGUUGAUCCUAAAAUAGGUGAGCUGAUCUUGGCUGCGAUGAACGUCGAUACUACUGUAAGGUUGUUUCAUGUUUGCGGCUGUGAAGCAGCUAAAUUAGCUCUUGAAGAAAGCGUUAUACUACCGAGAUUGAAUCCCGAUUUGUUCACUGGGUUGCGUCAACCUGUUAAAGGAAUUUUACUAUAUGGUCCUCCUGGAAACGGAAAAACCAUGCUGGCUAAAGCUGUUGCCAACGAGUCUAAUCAACAGUUUUUCAAUGUAUCAGCGUCCACACUCAUGUCAAAAUGGGUUGGUGAUGGAGAGAAAACGAUGAGAGCACUGUUCCAUAUAGCUAGAAAUGCUCAACCCAGUAUUAUAUUCAUAGAUGAAAUUGACUCACUCCUGAGAGAGAGGUCCGAAAAGGAUUCUGAAGUUUCUCGGAGAAUGAAAACCGAGUUUCUUGUUCAAUUCGACGGAGCUUCAUGUAAUGAUCAAGAUAGAAUUUUAGUGAUUGGAGCCACAAAUAGACCUCAAGAUCUGGAUGAUGCAGUUUUGAGACGCUUUCCUAAAAGGAUACUACUCGGUCUGCCGGAUGAUGCCGGUCGCCACGUACUUAUUAAAUCCAUUCUGCUGCAGCACGGCAUGCUGAGAGGGUUGCAGGAUUCUGACGUAAAGUAUAUUUCCUCUCGGACUAGUGGAUACUCUCAUGCUGAUCUUGUUGCGUUAUGCAAAGAAGCAGCAAUGUUCCCUGUUAGAGGGAUUGACCGGGCAAAGUUACCGCAAACAAGUCAAAACUCUGUAAGAGCCCUAACGAUAUCAGAUUUUGAUAAAGCUCUUCAGAUUAUCAAACCUUCUUCUAGUGCCAAACAAAUGGAUGAGCUAUACGAUUUUUCUAAACGAACUGGAGGUUAA